AUGCAACGCGUCCUCCUCUCUCUGGAUCUACACUUCUCGCCUACGCAACUAUUGCCGACCAAUCGCAAAGCAGCGACCGCCAGCUCUAGCAUUCGCAUGCGCCUGUGGACCUCACACCUGGAGAGCUGUGCCAACUUUGCAGAAGAACGCAUGUGUCAGCUGAGGCAGUCUUGGAAGGAAAUGAUAGACAGCCUCUUCGCCGGGAAUCCGGCCUCCCUGGAGCCAUUUUAUGGGAUAUUUUGUGGUGACCUUAAUAUCCGGGAUAAAGAGGUUAGUUUUCCAGUCAUUUUUAUCGGGCUACAUUUUAUGGGAUUAUUGUCAAUGUCUGUGGGCUGGAAUAUGUGUGAGAGGAAGGUUAUACUCUUUCUGAUGAAAUGA